CACAAACAUUCGCAAUCUACGCGCGAACGUCGAAUUUAUCAACAGAUUUCAGAUAACCUCUAAAUUUUCAAGUAUCAUGUGCGAUCACUGCAGAACUUUCAAACCGUUGCUAGAGGCGGCGAAUACUACGAGAUACUUUGAGAAGGACAGACCUACAGUCAGCAGCGUGAUAUCACCAAGGAAUAACGUAACACCUCCGCGCAAUUCCAAAGUUCCUAAACUGAGGUCCAACGUCAGCGACGGGGCUUGCUGCUCCUGGAGACAGACCUGCUGCGACGGAGCGUGUUGCAGCCGUAUUGGAAACUGCUGUUCCACCGGAUCAGGAUCUCUGUAUCAACCGUCUGGAAGACCGGUGCCCACUUAUGGCUACGGUUAUGACCAGCCGGCGAUGUCGAGUUACUCCGCCGGAAUGACCGGCGCCACGAUGCCAGACAGAGUGCCGUGCACCAUGCGCGAGAAGAAGCUACCCAUGUGUUUCGGUGGCGAUUGCCAAGAUUCCAUCGAGCGUGCAGACAAACCGGACGAGGGCGAGCUGUCGCCGAGGCAGUCGGAGCGCUAGAGAAAUCCUGACUUGAGCAUGCACGGCCUCGUUUCAUCGACAGGAUAAAACCUCCGAAAGUGACAAGCGACAUUGUUAAG